AUUAUAUUGUACAGUUAAGUCGAGCUCACUCGUAUUCGAACGUCCUGAACCUACCUAGGUACCUUAAUAACUUCUACACCUCUCGAGAAGCAAUUGGCCCUCAGAGCUUAUAAUUCACGAUGGCUAGCGGUAACGGAGAAACAAUCAACCUCGACACCCUGAGCGCCCAGCAGCUCAGCCAAGUAAAGAAGCAGCUAGACGAGGAACUCGAACAUCUCACGUCGUCCUUCACCCAGCUUCACGCCGCUCAGUCCAAGUUUCGCGAAUGUCUCCGCUGCGUCCAGGAUAAGAAUAAGUCGCCCGCUCUACGGGAAAACAAUUCGAUCCUCGUACCCCUUACGAACUCCCUCUACGUCCGUGGGACUCUCUCGGAUGCGUCCCACGUCGUCGUCGACAUCGGUACCGGAUUUUACGUCGAGAAGGAUAUCAAAUCGGCGGCGAACUUUUACGAGAAUAAGGUUGGAGAACUAGGAGCAAGUAUCAAAGAUCUGGAGGCAAUCGUGCAAGGCAAAACGAACAACGUGCGCGUUGUCGAAGAAGUUUUGAGGCAAAAGAUGGUUGGCGGAGCGCAGCAAGCAGCACCGUCGUAAUUGGCUAAGAGCUGUGAGACUAUCCAUCAUGGACCCUAGCUCUUAUACAUCACAUUCCCAGCGUCAAACUA